AUGAGCUCAUCAGACGGGCUAAUGCCCCAGCCAUACAACAAGAACGUCACUCUCAAAGUGCUCUACACGUUUGACGAUCGGAAUACUUUCCUGGCAAGAUCGGUCAAGCCAGUGUCCGCUAAAAUCAUCACUUUGCCAAACCAACCUCCUCAUAAUGGUGCUCAGAUAGGCUGUGUCGACCUCAAAAAAUGUCUAGACUUGUUGAAAUCUGUGUCGCCAGAAUGGUUUCAGAAAGGAAUGGACUACUCCAUCUACUAUAAGGAUAUAAUAGAAACAGGUGAGCCCUACGUCGGUUCGGGGCUGUUAACCAAAAUCACCAAAGACGUGAGAUCAAACUUCAUAAUAACGGGACGAAUGACCGCAAAUUUUAUCAACUUGUAUCAGGGAAACGCUUCUGCUGACACGUUGGAUAUCAAACUGAGGCUUUGUCCAAUAAAUUCGCUCAAUCGGAGUGAUGACAGCGGUCGUACCAACAGCAACAGCGCCAACAAUGGUAACACUCAUCUUGAUAGCAUCGGCACAAACAAAAGGAAGCAAAUGGACUGCUUUCCAAUAUACACAGAAAACAACAGUAGCAGCAGUCCAUACCCGAACUUGGAUGAGACCGUUGAGCAGAAACAACAGCACAAUGCUUCUCAACCAAGGAAAAGGGCUAGAAAAUCAAGCUCUUCGGCUAAUCAAAAAAUAAACAACAGCACAGCAUCAUCUAGGGGAAACCUACCCCAAUUAGCUUCCCGCACACAGUCCCUGCCCUUUGUCACCGAAGAUUCUCUUGCUCAUAGGAUCAGAAUAUCAGAUAUGAUAGCUUCAAGGGUAGAUGAAGAAGUGGAUGCCAGAGGGGAGCCAAUAUCUUCACGUUUUUCAAACUUCCCCAAGAAUAGCAAAGGCGAUGAAUAUGCACAGCCAACAAGAGCAAGAAAGAGCAAGAGCUUUAUCCAGUCCGUCGUUAAGAUUGGCGACAAUGCCGUCGGAUCGAAGAAUAAGAAAACUCCCCUAGCAACCGUAGGGGCUCUUCCUUCCAAGCGUUGUGUCAAUUGUAUGUCAACAACUACCCCUCCAUACAAGUUCCAUAAGGAUGGAAUCUUUCAGUUGGCAAACUCCGGUUACUUAUGCACAGUUUGUAACUUCUACCAAACAAAAGGAAACACAAAAUCAUUGCGUGAAAGGGGGGAGCUGGGUGCAAGAGGCCUGCUGGAUGACCCUUAUUCAAAAGUAGCAACUGCCAAACGCACCAAGAAGAAGCGUGGAACGGCUUCGAAUCCUAAUUCUUCGAGCAUUGACACAUCAAGCUCACCUGUACUUUCUUCUCCAAUGAAUCUUCAGAAUGGCUUCAUUUCUAAGUCGAAGAAGCAGAAUGCUGCUAACUCGGCGCUUUCUCAGCAUAACGUCCAUGAAACGAUUCAUGAAGUUGAAAAUUUUAAGCAUGAGGACUUGAUGGCACUGCUCAAGCUCGAAUCAACAUUUGCUAACUAUAAGAACAUGACUCACCAUGAUGAAAACUUGCAACAGUUCCAUCACCUGAAUACACAACCACCAACUGAACUCGACCCCAUUGAGGAUAUGUUUAGAGUUCCAGAGAGUAAGUAUGCUAUUUCUGGACUGCCUUCUUCCUCCUCUUCUUCGUUGAAAGGCCAAUCCAAGAAUAAUACGCCAAACGAAAAUGGUGAGGAGUACUACAGGGACUACGAUAAUGUGCCAAUAGAUGCUACAAAGCUCAAUACCACGUUGAUUCCAAUGGACGACGACGACAAAGAAAAUUAUCCACCACCGGACAUGCCGCCUCCUAAUGUCCAAAUCUACAGCUCCAACACUGCCAACGUCAACCAGCAUGGCAACUCGACCAGCUUAGAGGGCGAUGGGCACGUUGAUGGCAACAAAGACGGCAUGCACAGCUUGUUUGGAGCGAACGAUAUCUCUCCAAGCAUCCAGCGGAUAAUUGAGUCUUUCUCGAACGAGCCAAGCUCUCCUACCAGGGCGUCGAACGCCGACUGGAACUACAACUUCUUCGAAGAGACAUCCUCUCAGGGUGCAGGCACCAGCGGGAACCAGAACACGGAGUGUGAUGAUCCUGAGAUUGACAGAAUCCUAGCGCAACACGAGAAGUACGAGAUCACUCCUAGAGAUCCCGGCACAGCACAGUCUCAACAAAACGCAGAUUCACCCAACGGCAUGAGAACGACUCCUGGUAACACGGCAUUCGAAAUGCACAUGUCGUCGACAGACAAGUCUAUAUUGAACCCCCGGAGCGUCAAUCCUGGUGCUAGCAGCACGAUGGCAGUCGAUGGUAAAACCUCCGACUCCUCCAAAGAGCAGGACGAUUCCGGAUCGACAAAGAAAACCAGACUGAUGAUGCCAAGUUCCCCAUUCUUCAACAUGCAUAACGAGGAUCUAAGCAAAGAUGACAAGACUCUCGACACCACCCAAUCGCUGAUCAACUGGGAUACCAAGUCUUCUCCCGUGACAGAGCCCAUGUCUUCCUCGUACGGUGGCAAACCCUAG